UAAACGAAUUGCUUUUCCCGUUCAGGGUGCUCGAAUAAACCGCAACGCCGUUUUAUCAAGUAAAUAGAUACGUGGAUACAGAUAUCAGUCAGAGCUUUGUCGCCUUGCAUUUGCACUGACGUUGAUCAAAGUCCGACGACGGAUCGAAGCGUCUCGAUUCGAGUGGAAAGCCUGCUCCGGGUUUUCUAUUACCAUGGAGAACGCGAACCGAGCUUUUCAUGCACGUGCGACAUGGACUUUUUGAGAGUGCUGGCUGUGCCAACAGUUGUUUCACCGUCCAAUCUCUACAUCGUUAUCAGUCGGUAUUAUUAACUGGUCUGGACUCCUGCCGGAGUAACCAUGGGAGGCGCCAAUGUAGAAUUUAAUGUAGUCCGCGAAGUUAUUAAUUAAUUUCGGACGAUACGCUUCGAGUGUAAUCAAAACUCGACUCAAGUUAGCAUGGGCGAAGUGGUACGGAAAGGCCAGUUAUCCUUUGCCUUACCAGACCUCAAGCUGAACCCUCGGCACUAUUGAGUAGGCAAUAUGGGUGCACGACUACUGCCAAACACGAUCCUAAAUUCGUUCGGAAUGGAGCAAGAAUUGAUGAAUUCAUGGAUCGAGUUUCCACGGAAGAUACUAGAAGACGCAUAGCACAAUUCGGAAUUUGACGUUCUUGAAGUUUUUCCAAUUCGUAAUUUCAACCCUGCCCCGAUGAAAUCGCGGUGAACUCUGCGCAACACUUGACAGAACAAUUAUCCAUUCAAUUACCUUGAUUGUUAGUUGAGACGACGUGUCAGGUUCCAGAACGAAACAUCCAUAUGUAACACACCACUGUAUUCAGAAGUUUGCUACCUACUUGUGCAGUUCAAAUCUGGAAUUGAUCUGUAGAUAGUACAACGAUUUCUUCCAUCACAAACGGAUCCUGAGAUACCUAAGAAUCACAAUCUAAAGUUCGAGUUUCAAUAGAUAUACGUGGUUCCUUUCGAAAAUCACGAUAACACUUUUCCUGGAUGUCUGGACCCAUGAGAUUCAUCGGCACGAAUUGCAAGAAGCAAAAAUCAUCCAGAUGUCUGGAACGUGAGUGGAUAUCGCUGAAUGCACAGGCGAUCUCAGUGAAGGUGGUGAUGAUCCACAUUUUCAAAUUCUGGUAUAAUCUCAGCACUUUUGCGGGGUUCAAAGUUCGCCGUGAUGAGUCCUCAGCUUUCCUUUCUACGUGGACAUAAGCCCAGAAUAGCUUCAAGUGUAACCCGAGAACCAAGCAAGUGCCAGAAUGUUCAUUUGAAAAUCAAAAGGAGCGAACACAAGGAGAGUCCACAGCCUAUGGCAUGGCCCCGAGUGACGUCAGCCUCGCACUUGUACUUGCUGCGUUCCUUCACUCCACAUUCGGUCAACUGAUGCCGAUGGCGGAGAUCCAGCCGGAAUUCUUGGCACCACUUGAAAAUCACACCGUGACGCAAGGCCGGGACGUGUCGUUCACCUGCGUUGUCAAUCAUCUUCAGUCUUACAAGGUUGCCUGGAUAAAGUCGGACUCGAGGGCGAUUUUGGCCAUUCACACGCACAUGGUGGCCCAUAAUCCACGGCUCUCAGUAACCCACAAUGGUCACAACACGUGGAAACUCCACGUGGCUAAUGUCCAGCGAAACGACUCUGGAACUUACAUGUGUCAAGUCAAUACUGACCCGAUGCGCAGCCAGAUGGGGUACAUGGAGGUCGUGAUUCCGCCCGAUAUAAUGGACCUCGACGACUCGACGGACGGCCUAACUACCGAGGAGGGAGGCAGCGUGCGACUCAGGUGCCGAGCUACCGGAACUCCGACACCGGAUGUCACCUGGCGUCGAGAGGACGGUCGCAACAUCGUAUUGCGCAACGAGCACGGCAUCAAGCGGGCGGUAAAAAGUACCGAGGGUGAGCAACUGCACCUAAUCGGCAUAUUGCGGCAGGAGAUGGGCUCGUACCUCUGCAUCGCUUCGAACGGUGUACCGCCUUCGGUCAGCAAACGAUAUUCGGUACGCGUGCACUUCCGACCGCUGAUCAAAGUCGCUAGUCAGCUCGUAGCCGCCCCGGCAAACAGCGACGUGGUCAUUCAAUGCUACGUCGAAGCUUCUCCGAAAGCCAUGAACUCCUGGUACAAGGAUACAGGUGAAAAAAUCCUCCCAAGUAGCAAGUACCUCAUGUCGGAGGUGGCGACCAGCGAUUACUCCUAUCAGCUUAAUAUGACCGUUCGAAGGCUCGAGAAAUCAGACUUUGGAAGCUACGAGUGCUCCUCGGAAAACGCCUUUGGCAAAGCUGACGGCGCUGUGCGGCUCCAAGAGCUGCACAUUGUGACGAAGACGACGCUCCCGUCGGUCCGGGAUUCCGAGCCGAGUAACAAGUCCCGAAAAAAAUCGCCAACGUUGAAAUUGAACAAGAAGAUACGACCCAGAUUGUCGGCCGAAGCUGGUGUCGAGGACCUAGACGAGUCAUCGAUGGACUUCGGAAAAGGUGGAGAAACGCAUCCGACGGUUAUUUCCUCCAAGUCUGGCCGCGGCGACGAUGCUCGAGGGGUCCCAAGGCCCCCGAUUGGUCCCCCUCAGGCCCCAGCACCUGCGCCUGCGCACUCGCCGCCGACGGAGGUGGCGCUGUUUAACGAGGGUUCUGCGACGCGACGCAACUGUCGGGUCGAAGCCCUGACGAUGACGGUAAUCGCCGUCGCGCUGAUACCCCGCCUAAUUUACUAGAUGCAAGGGGGGGAUCUAUACCCCCGUCGAAUUAUUGCUCGCGUGUAGGAUCGUGAAAUUCAGCG